ACCUGCAGCACACACAGCUCUUAGUCUCAGUGUCUCGCUGCAGAUCUGUCUGUGCCUCUCUCUCUCUCUGUGUGUGUCUCUCUCUCUCUCUCUCUCUCUCUCUCUCCCUCUCUCCUGUCUCUCUCCUGUGCUUUUACGUGCAGGUCGAACGUGUUUGUGGAAACGAGUGAAUAAAGAAGAAACAAAGCUGCUGCUGCAGGACACUGAGUCCCACCUGUUGGACACUGAGUCUCCGAUGGUGUUUCUGUGUUGACGCAGCUUGGAUGAAGGAGAUCUGAGAGAGAGGUGAAAGUGUGAGGAAGAGGAAGAAGAAGAGGAGCAUUUGAAAGUUGGACAUUAUUCAGAGUGAAGUGUGUGUAUCGGAUUAUUCUGCAGCAGUUUCACACCUGAACCUCUGAAGUUUCCACCAUGUUGUCACUGAGCAAACAACUUGAAGAAGAACUUGUUGAAGCUUCCAGGACGAGAGGAGGAUUUCAUCCCAGAUAAAAGAAACCAACGAGUGACCUUUAACAUGAGGAAGCUGACUCGGUUUCAGGCCCUGACCUUUGUCCUGCUGCUGGUCGCUCCCGUCCGUCUCUCGUCCCCACAGAGAUCGUCCUGGCUGUCUGCGGGGGGGCCGCCCGGCGAGGCCUGGUCGGGGCGUUCAACACGAGCUCGACGGCAGCUGAGCAACGAGUGGGCGGCGUGGAGCGGCUGGUCGGCCUGCUCCCGCAGCUGUGGGGGCGGAGCCUCUGUGAGGACACGCACCUGCAUCACCAGGAACCCAGUAGGUGGACCAUGUACAGGAGAACCCAGACAAUACAAGAUCUGCAACACGAAGGAGUGUGCUUCUGGCUCGGAGGAUUUCAGAGAGAUGCAGUGCGCUGCCUUCAACGAUCGACCCUUAGUUUCUGGAAACACCUUCAGGUGGACGACGUUUCACGGAGGCUCUGACCCCUGUGAACUGAGCUGCUUGGCCCUGGGUCACAAGUUCUACUACAACUUCGGACGAGUUCUGGAUGGGACGUCCUGCAGCUCGGAGCCUGGAGAGCUGUGUGUGAACGGACGCUGCCUGAAACCUGGAUGUGACUCCAUCUUAGGCUCCAAGCAGCAGGAGGACGCUUGCAUGGUGUGUGGAGGACAAAACACCACCUGCCUGCACCACAGGAGUGUGUAUCAGAGCAAAGGGCUGGAGGCAGACGGACCUUUGGGAUACAAUGAGGUGGCCAUGAUACCGGCUGGAGCCACUCACAUCCGAGUCACUGAUGACAGCAGGAACUAUCUGGCCCUCCAGAAUGGACACUCCCAAUUUGUUAUCAAUGGUAACUGGAAGAUCAGUGUUCCAGGUGAGUACACUGUAGCUGGGACCAAGCUGCUGUACCGACGCUCUGCAGACACCUGGGAGAGCUUCGAGGUGCCAGGACCGACCCAGGAAGACCUUCAUCUGAUGGUGCUGGCAACAGACAGAAACUCAGGCAUCGAGUACGAGUACUGGCUUCCAUCAGACCAGUACGCCCUUUACCAUGGGAGGAGGAGUCCACUGCAUCAGCCUCACCACACUGCCAGCUACUGGGAUCAACCCACCAGUACCCGGCCUCCUCCAGUCACCACCAAAACACACUGGUUUUUCAAGCCGGAGAAAACGCCACGCCAGUCAGGCCACCCAACCCGCCGCCAGCAGCUCCACCAGCGCCCCCACCUGGCCGUCCUGCCGCGCCUGGAGCGGGAGGAGAACCACAGGAACCUCCUGCCUCAGGCAUCAGCUGGAAGACAUUGUGGAAAAUGUCCUCGUGUUAAAGGUCGAAGGGAACGACAGAGACAGUAUUGUCAGAAGGACUUUGUUUUCCGGGCCAGAGUCCUUGGGAAGUUGUACCGAGGCGAGGAAACGCGUUACGACGUCCAAAUCAUCCACACCUACCGGAACCGCUUCCGUCUGGAGCACCGGGAGUUCCUCUGGGUCCCCAACGUAUGUGACUGUCCACACCUGGAGGACGGAAGACAGUACAUACUCAUGGUGCGCCGUCACAUUAACCACGAGCAAACGUUAAACCGCAUCCUGCUGGAGGACAGCAGCUACGUGGUGGCGUACAGACCCAGAGAGGACGAGCUGCUGCGACCGCUCGAGAGACUCUGCAGCAACCGAGGAGCCAAGCACCCGGCGGAGCUGAGGGGUUGAGUCCGGACUGAAUCUCUCUUCACCUUCUCCACAGGAUCAGCUGCUCCGUCCUCCAGUGAAGCCAUAUUAAUGAACCAAAAAGUGAUAUACCAUAUUCAGCACUUUAGGUGGACGAUAGUUCACCUUUCAACACAAGCCAAAGAGGAGAACAGUGACUGGAACAGCCUUUUUGUUAUUGCUGCUUUUCAACAGCAGCCAUUUAUUUUUGUAUAUCGUGUUUUUAUGUGGAAACUUAAAAGUAAAAAUUUACCUCAAAACACUGGAAACAGCUUCACAGUCGACAUCUGCCUCUUCUCAUCCAUCAGGACUGCAGAUGUUUCCAGCUCCUCAGUGAAGUUUGUGCAAAUGUUUAAAUGUGAUCAACAAUUAACGUUGGGUUUUAUUGACACUGAGUCUGCAUCCACAGAAAGGUGUUUCCAAACCGUCUCCGUCCACACAACAUGAAAACACACCUCACAUGACCACCCACGUGCACUGGGCGUGCACGAGCCGCUGUGCACAGGAAGCAGUGGUUUGUUAGGUUCAGAGAGAACGAGGCGCAAAACAUCUGGACUCCUCCACAUGUGAACAUCUGGAUUAACAUCUGAACUCCUCCACAUGUAAACAUCUGGAUUAACAUCUGAACUCCUCCACAUGUAAACAUCUGGAUUAACAUCUGGACUCCUCCACAUGUAAACAUCUGGAUUAACAUCUGGACUCCUCCACAUGUAAACAUCUGGAUUAACAUCUGGACUCCUCCACAUGUAAACAUCUGGAUUAACAUCUGAACUCCUCCACAUGUGAACAUCUGGAUUAACAUCUGAACUCCUCCACAUGUGAACAUCUGGAUUAACAUCUGAACUCCUCCACAUGUGAACAUCUGGAUUAACAUCUGAACUCCUCCACAUGUGAACAUCUGGAUUAACAUCUGAACUCCUCCACAUGUGAACAUCUGGAUUAAGAUCUGGACUCCUCCACAUGUGAACAUCUGGAUUAACAUCUGAACUCCUCCACAUGUAAACAUCUGGAUUAACAUCUGAACUCCUCCAAAUGUGAACAUCUGGAUUAACAUCUGAACUCCUCCACAUGUAAACAUCUGGAUUAACAUCUGGACUCCUCCACAUGUAAACAUCUGGAUUAACAUCUGGACUCCUCCACAUGUGAACAUCUGAAUUAACAUCUGGACUCCUCCACAUGUAAACAUCUGGAUUAACAUCUGGACUCCUCCACAUGUGAACAUCUGGAUUAACAUCUGAACUCCUCCACAUGUGAACAUCUGGAUUAACAUCUGAACUCCUCCACAUGUGAACAUCUGGAUUAACAUCUGAACUCCUCGACAUGUGAACAUCUGGAUUAAGAUCUGGACUCCUCCACAUGUGAACAUCUGGAUUAACAUCUGAACUCCUCCACAUGUGAACAUCUGGAUUAACAUCUGAACUCCUCCACAUGUGAACAUCUGGAUUAACAUCUGAACUCCUCCACAAUUGAACAUCUGGAUUAACAUCUGAACUCCUCCACAUGUAAACAUCUGGAUUAACAUCUGAACUCCUCCACAUGUGAACAUCUGGAUUAACAUAGCAAUAUGAAAAGAACCAAUCAGCCACAUGUUCGUCAUCAUAAAAUCUCAGUUUCUGUUCGUCCAGAGUAAAACUGUCUGUCUUCAAACUGAAACCAGACCAGCAGCGUCCACUCGUCUCUUUCCAGACGUCAGAAGAAUCUGUAGCAGAGAUGAUCAGUUUGAAUGAAAACGUUGUUGUGUGGAUGGAGCUUCAAACCUAAAGCAUGAGAUCGAGCUGCCAAAAAAUAAAUUAUAGAUGUGGAUGAGAAUAUAAUUUAAUUAAAAAAACUUCCAAAACAGUCACAAAAAACUGAACUUCCCAGAUGUUCAGGUUCUGAAGGUGAAUUUUUUUCUUUUAGUUCACUCAAGAUAUUUAAACACAUGACUUCAUACUCUAUUUGAAUAUAAAAACAUAAACUUAAACUUAUUUGUUUUCACUUGUUUAAUGCAUUUCACAGUGUUUGAUAUUUGUAAAGUGUGGUUACAUCAGGUCUGCUUUGUGAUGAAAUACACAGUAUUUUAUUUUGUGGCACUGAUACUUGCAGACGGUUCAUAGUUAACUCUUGUUCCUUUUGUUGUGUAACUGAAAAACGUUUUCUCCCAAAGCUCAUUUACCUGGGCCAAAACAACUUCUUUGUACUUUUAUCUAUGUAAAGUAUGAAUUAAAAUAUAAAAUUAUGAUAUAUGUUGAACCAUCUCAACUUUAUUUAAAAGUAAAUCUGGUUUUAAGGUUUCUUUAGAACAUAAAUGAACAAAAAUACACCAGAACCAGCGUUUGUAAGAAAACAUUGUAUUUACAACAAGUCUUUACAUCUACAAAAAAGGAAAAACUGCUACAGAUAAUAAAACUGCAUAUAUAAAUAUAUAUAUGUAUGUAAACAUAUAUACAUCUAUUCCUAUCUCUAUAUAAAUUUGACUUAUUAUCCCAGGUUUGAACGUCAACAUGAACUUUGGACGGUGGGGAAGAGGUGGCUCUGGUUUCGAUUCACCUCAGCGUCUCAUAGACAUUUCAUCUGAAGGCAUGAGACAGAAAACUUCCAUCUCCUCUGGAGUUCAGACUGGUUUUCGUUUCAAAUCCAGUAACAAAUGCAAAAUAAAAGUAUGUAAACAUUGACAAUUGACUCUAGACAUUAUUAACAGAUUCAGAAGAAAAUGAUGUUAUGUAAAACAACAUUAAAAUGUAAACUAACUUUUGUCCCAGUUAAAUCCCAUUGAAACAAACAUUGUGUCAGUUUAGCUGCCUCGCUCUUCAGACCCUGUCACUGAGCUGUGAGGAGUCCUGAAGAGAAUCUGUGGAUCCUGAGCUCUUUAACACUUCAAGGUUCAUUUUAACACAUGAACAAAUCUCUCUAUUAGUUUGGACCUGGAAUUAAGAAGCGGUCCUGAAGCUCAUUCACGACUUCACAGAACUGAAUAAAAAGGAUGUUAAGUUAUUCUCUGUAAUUACACUGUGUCCUGUAACCUGAUGGAAGCUGAGAUUCCAGAAUGGAAUCUAAAAUAACACUUGUUAAGUAUUAAUGAUAUUUUUGUUAUUUAAACAAAAAAGAGUUUUUAAUAAACAGUUUUCAAACAUG